AUGUCCAAAGUCAUCCGCCGGUUCAUCUCCUACGUUGGCAGGGUUAAACUGAGCGAAUUCAAAGAUGAGAGUCACAUGGGCCUCGUUGAUACUGAUCCUCGCAUCGCACAAGCCUCUGUACAGGGAACUGAGUUGCAUGAUUCACAUAAAGAUCCGACCGACCCGAAGAAGGUCAUUUCUAUUCAGUUCCUGGAUGCAGAUGGAAAGAGAGUGGGAACGGGACAUCUCCAUGAAGAUGGGACCUCAAAAUUCCGCUACAAACAGAAACCACCUUCCGAAUCACGGUCAGGCGGAUUUGAGUAA